AACUUAUUGGUUGAGCUUUUAUAAAGAUUAUCACUCAUGAGGCUAAACAAUUUCUCGUUCCGCAUGUUAUCUCUAAAUCGAAUAUUAACUUAAUCGAACUGACUUGAAAUGUGCAUGGUUCUUCAUUUCUAUAUGACGAACACUGAGUUCGUUUGUUGUGUCUAACUCUAUGGGAUUUGGAUGAGCGUUGGCGAAUAUUUUUACAUUUUUCUCAUGGGUAACCAUGAUGUUAACGAGAAAAUAACAGAUAAAUAAAUUUACAAAAAUCCCGAUGCACUCAUAAAGGGUAUUAUAUUACCUUAUGUCAUUCGCGUAGCCUAAUUAUCCGAACAUACUACAUAUCGUCAUAUCAUGGUGAGUUAGAGAGUAGACUUUUAGACUUUUAUUAUUUAAACACUGAUAUGAAAUCCAGUUUUAAGUACAAAAAUAUAAAUGUAUCACGUGGCAAGAUAUAUUUUAAAAUAUUUGAUCAAUAUAUUUUGCAUAAUAUAUGAACAAUUUUUUCUACAUGGGCAUGAAUGUCUUAUAUGAUGUUGUUUAUCCCUCCAUGAAAUUUAGCUGAGUUCGUUGAAGCCAAUAAAUAGGCUUACACCAUUUCUAUUUUGUUUACCGGGGAUUAUAAAAACUUUAUUUUCUCCGUAUUAUUGUCUGCCGUCCUAUCUGCCAAUAGUGAAAUUAGUUAUAGAGUAAUUUUGGAUUGAACCUCAACGAAGCCUGAACUACACGUAGUGUUUGGUACCUUAUAAAAUUGGUAUACUUCUUUGUGCAGAUAAGGAAGAAAACUGGGUCUUGAUAACCACCAGACAUAUGUCUGGUCCUAUCAAAUAUUUGACCUACAACGUGACCUGAUACUAGGAUUGACAAACAUACCAUUAUAAAGCUAGAGUUCAUCAUUCAACCUCGCGCGUCGUUAUGUACAGCCAAUUAUAGUGGUCGUUUCUCUGUCAGCUCUUUACGACACUCAAUAUGGCUACUAUCACUCUUUGGUUUCUUGGUUACUUCCUGCUUGCAGUAAUUCCGAUUCUGUCUCUUUAUCUGUAUUCCGUGUCAGUUUUCAAGUACUUUGAAAAACGCGGAAUACCUUAUGAACCAGCCACAUUUGCAAUCGGUAACUUGUGGCCUGUCCUAAGUAUGAAGAAAUCCUACAAUGAUUUCGUAUUUGAUUUGUAUAAAAAGCAUAAAACGAGAAAGAUGGUUGGGAUUUUCCAGUUUUUCAAGAAGACUGUACUAAUUAUUGACAGGGACCUGUUGCGGGAUGUUUUGGUGAGGGACUUUGAAUACUUUGAUUCCAAGAGCCUCCAUUAUAACAAAGAUUUGGAACCACUAACAGCCCAUCUGUUUUCCUUGGGUGGACACCAGUGGAAGGUUCUCAGAAAGAAAGUGACCCCGACGUUUUCGUCCAGUAAACUGAAAGGGAUGUUUCAGACUGUUAUCGAUAACGCCCAUAAACUGAGCGAGUACGCCUCCAAAAUCACUGAGAAGGGUGAUGAGGUCGAGUGUAAGGAUAUGUUCCUGAGAUUUGGAUGCGCCGUUAUCGCCAGCACUGCUUUUGGUCUUGACAUUGACUUCGUUACUGACAAGUCGAUAACGUUCUUCGAGAUGGCAGAGAGUAUAGUUGCUCCUACUCUCGGUGGUAUGUUCCGAAACGGCCUCUGGUUCUAUGGAGGGUUCAUCGCUAAGGCAUUCAAUUUGAGGAUCAUCCCCAAGAAGACACACGAUUUCUUCUUUAACCUGGUACAAGACACAGUUCAGUAUAGAGAGACACAUGGAAUCACUAGAAAUGAUCUUCUGCAGCUACUUAUACAACUCAAGCGGGGAGCUAAGUUUGGAGAUGAAACAAUACAAAUCACAAUAGAAGAACUGGCAGCUCAGUCUUACGUGUUCAUUUUGGGAGGGUUUGAGACGACCUCUAGUGCUAUGGAUUUCUUCUUGUACGAGAUGGCGAUGAACCCAGAGGUACAGGAGCGGGUCCACGCGGAGGUCGACGCUGUGGAUGAGAUAACGUAUGACACUCUGGCUGGCAUGGAAUAUCUCGAAAUGGCUCUUGACGAAUUAUUUAGGAAGCACGUACAACCUGGUUUCCUCAACAGGACUUGCACCAAAGACUACCAGGUACCUGGAACCGACUACGUAAUAGAGAAAGGAACGGAGGUAUUGGUCUCUACACAAGGCCUGCACAAGGAUCCUGAACUGUUCCCUGAGCCGGAACGAUUCAUCCCUGAACGAUUCAGCACGGAGAACAAGGACAAAAUUAAACCGUUUUCGUACAUGCCUUUUGGGGAAGGUCCAAGGUACUGCAUAGGUCAGAGGUUUGCCAAGUUAUUGGUCAAGACGGGACUGGCAAUCCUGAUGAAGCGCUUCUCAGUGGAGACGUCUCCCAGAACACCGAACCCGCUGAGAUACGAUCCUCGGGCUAUCACAGUGGCAGCGGCUGGAGGCAUGUGGCUGCGACUGGUCAAUAGGCAGAGCGUUUAGUGACCUGUUACAACUUGCAACAUAAGACAAAGAGUCCAAAAACACUUUACAAAACGAAUUGUAUGAAACAUAGUUUUAAUUACCAAUUGCACCACUGACAUUUCUGUCAAUGUUAUAAUAACGUGCAUCAGAAAUAAUGGAGUGGGAAAUGUUCCAUAAUUGAUUCCCAAACAGAUAACUGUAAAACAGCCGACUCGAUUCCAGUUACGAAAUCCAGUGCCUUUACCGAUAUUUGUGCCACAGAACAGUUUGAACCCUUAGAUAAAACUGAUAUUUACGCUGCAUU